AUGACAGCGAUCAUUGAAACAGCUUCGCCGCACCUCCGGGUGUCAGCCGCCAAGGCAUCCACCAAAAAGGAACCCGAAUCAACAAGAAUCCAGGCACCAGAGGCCCUGGUCGAGGACCACUUCUUCUGGACCUACACCGAAGAACCCCAUCGUUCAAGACGGCAAGCAAUUAUCAAAGCUCAUCCGGAGGUUACUAAACUAUGUGGCCCCGAGCCUCUCACGAAAUGGGUCGUUCUUGGUGUCGUCUCCUUGCAAUUCACCUGCGCCUACCUCCUCCGCAACACCUCAAUGCUCGACUGGCGGUUUCUGGCAACGGCAUACGUGAUUGGUGCAACUUGCAACCAGAAUCUGUUCCUCGCAAUUCAUGAGAUCUCACACAAUCUGGCCUUCCGGUCCGCUAUCGCCAACCGGUUGCUCGCCAUCUUUGCCAAUCUCCCCAUCGGACUGCCGUAUAGUGCUGCCUUCAGACCCUACCAUCUGACACACCACAAGUCCCUCGGCGUCACAGGCCUCGAUACCGAUCUCCCUACAGCAGUAGAAGCCUUCUUCCUGAACUCCCUCCUCGGCAAGACCUUCUUCUGCACCUUCCAAAUCCUCUUCUACGCUGUGCGUCCGAUGUUCAUCUACAGCCCACCCUUCACCUACAUCCACCUUCUGAAUCUGGGCGUCCAACUGAGCGUCGACUACGCGCUGUCCCAAUUCUGCGGCUCCUUCCAACCAGUCUUCUACUUCCUGAUGAGCUCCUUCCUGGCAGGAUCCCUGCACCCCUGCGCAGGCCACUUCAUCGCGGAGCACUAUUUCUUCUCGAACGUCGAGAACGGCGGCACCGAGUCUCUCACGCAGCUGAAGAACGGCGAGAAGACUAAGAAGCCACACCCGCUCGACUCCCUCCCUCCCCCGGAGACAUACUCUUACUAUGGUCCGCUCAACAUACUCACUUACAACGUCGGCUUGCAUAACGAGCACCAUGAUUUUCCUGCUAUCCCGUGGACUAAGCUGCACAAGCUGCAUGAGAUCGCGAGUGACUUCUAUGAGCCACUUCCCUGCCACCGCAGCUGGGUCUGGGUUAUCUAUACCUUUAUUCUUGACAAGAAUGUUGGGCCUUGGUGCCGCGUGAAGCGUGAGCAGGGCGGUCGUAUUGUUGGUGGCGGAAAAAAGAGUGACGAGAAGGCUGCUGCUCAGCAGUGGACUGGUCGUGGUGGUGAGGGGAUCUCGGCUGCGUCGGCGGGCCCGGCGGGUGAGGAGGGUGAUGGUUGGAAGGAGAGUGAGAUUCAGUGCUAG